AUGGGCAACUUCGCUUCGGCAGGCAGCGGCGCCAAGAUCGUGAUGCCGGACGGGACCGUCCGGGCGUUGGGAGAGCCCGUGUCCGUAGCCGAGCUCAUGGUGGAGCACCCGUGCCACUUCGUCGUCGACGCGUGGCUCGUCUCCACCGGUGCUGCUGCCAAGGUAGCCGCGCUGCUAGCCGACGACGUGCUUGACGGUGCUGGGGUGUACGUCGUGCUCCCAGCCAUCAGGGGCAGGGUCUACGCCGACGAUGUCCGUCGUGUGCUUGCAACAGCAUCUCGGCCGCUGGCGCAGUACCAGCAGGGACAUAAUACCGUCAACAAUAUUGCGAUUUUUUAUGAAGGCAUUUUGAUGAGUACUAAUGAUUUUAUGCAAGAAAGGCUCCACCCUGAUAGUAAGAACUUUGGUGAGCAACUUGUAAAUACAUCUGAGAAGACAGAUAGGUCUAUAUUGGGUUAUCUUCUCGGCAUCCGAGAUUUUUGGGAGGAGGGUUAUGAUGCCAUAGUUAAGCCUUUGAACAUCCAGGGAACCUUCAUGGAAGGCAUAAAACAAAUUCAUGAUAUCACCUUUAACAAUGUCCCAGCAAUGUUGCAGGCUGGUAGACAUAGCAGCGGGACGAGGACUGAAGGGCUUGGAUACCACCAGCCUGAGUUCCUGAGCCGGCAGAUGACGUCCAGGGGGGCAUGGAAACCAAGCCUCAAGACGAUCGAAGAACUGUGGCAGCCUAGGAAGAUUCCUCAUUGGCUCUCUGAGCCAAUCGUACUCCUGCAUUAUGUGUGAUGAAGCUCUCCUUGCCCUAAUUGACGGCCUAGGAAGAUUCCUCAUUGGCUCUUCAGCUUUAACGGCCCAUCUACAAACAUAUACAGGUUGAAGUUACAGAUGCUGCCCUCCUUGCCCUAAUUGAAAAUUACUGCCGAGAAGCAGGGGUUCGGAACCUUCAAAAGCAGAUCGAGAAAAUUUACCGGAAGCUCUGCAGCUUGUCCGCCAAGGGGUGUCAAACGAGCCAGCCCAAGUGGCUGUGAUUGCCACAGCAAGCGACGAACUUACUGUUGGUGGUAGCGAAACAAUGGUGAAAGAUGAGAAUUUGAAGGAUCCUGCUAUCGAAGAUGCCGCCUUGGUCAACAGUAUAAUUGAUCCUGCCCCUGAGGAAGUUAAGGAGGUACCAUUGACAGAAGACUCUUGUAACUGAGCAAACUCUAUCAGUGGACAAAUUGAGCAUAUCAGAGGUAGUAUAUAACCAUCUUUCAUUCUGUUGUGUUUCGCAUAGAUAAAACAUUGAUAGCUUGAUCCUGAAUAUGGUGUCUACUGUAACGUGCAAA